GGGAACGGACCCAGGGGCUGACGCAGGAAGGUGGAGCCAGCCCCCUCCGGAAACCGAACCCCGGGUUACACCAGCCAGCGCUGUGUGGAAGUCGCGGAACACGCCCUCGCGGGACGCCGGGGACAGACCCGCUCCCUCCUCCUCCUCCUCUUCCACCCGGGGGAUCCCGGAACCUUCCUGCCGCCGCCGCUCCCGUUCGCCGCGGGCCCCGUGCAGGGGAACCCGCGCGCUGUUGCUAAGGGGCGGCCCCGGAAGUGACGCGCCCAAGGUUUGUUGACAGCGGAGGCGGCGGCGCCUUGCAGCCUCCGAGUGGUAGCAGCCGAUCGGGGGAGGGGCCGAGCCCGGGAGCCAGCACCCGGCUGUCGUUCAGCCCUCGGGGCAAGCCCCCAGCCUCGAGACACGCUGUGGCCCCGCUUCUCCAGAGUCCCCUGCUCCGCCCCGGCUCGCCUAGGAAGCAUCUCGUCCCCUUCGCGACGCUGAGGGCAGCCCCAUCCCAGGGCUGUGGCUCUGCCAAUGACCCUGUGAGCUUGGGGCCUCACUGCUGCCCCUAGGGGCCCCUGACCUGGAGUGGUCCAGCUGCCUGCCCCCAGCAUGGCGUCCGACACUCCCGAGUCCCUCAUGGCCCUCUGCACUGACCUCUGCCUGCGCAACCUGGACGGCACCCUGGGUUACCUGCUGGACAAGGAGACCCUGCGGCUCCACCCCGACGUCUUCUUGCCCAGUGAGAUCUGUGACCGGCUUGUCAACGAAUAUGUGGAGCUGGUCAAUGCCGCCUGCAACUUUGAACCCCACGAGAGCUUCUUCAGCCUCUUCUCAGACCCCCGGAGCACCCGCCUCACCCGUAUCCACCUCCGUGAGGACCUGGUGCAGGACCAGGACCUGGAAGCCAUCCGGAAGCAGGACCUGGUGGAGCUAUACCUGACCAACUGCGAGAAGCUGUCUGCCAAGAGCCUGCAGACGCUGAGGAGUUUCAGCCGCACGCUGGUGUCCCUCAGCCUCUUCGGCUGCGCCAACAUCUUCUACGAGGAGGAGAACCCUGGGGGCUGUGAGGAUGAGUGCCUUGUCAACCCCACCUGCCAGGUGCUGGUCAAGGACUUCACCUUCGAGGGCUUCAGCCGCCUGCGCUUCCUCAACCUGGGCCGCAUGAUCGACGGGGUGCCUGUGGAGUCGCUACUGCGGCCGCUCAGCUCGCUGGCUGCCCUGGACCUCUCUGGCAUCCAGACAAGUGAUGCGGCCUUCCUCACCCAGUGGAAGGACAGCCUCGUGUCCCUCGUGCUCUACAACAUGGACCUCUCGGAUGACCACAUCCGGGUCAUCGUCCAACUGCACAAGCUGCGCCACCUGGACAUCUCCCGAGACCGCCUGUCCAGCUACUACAAGUUCAAGCUGACCCGAAAAGUGCUGAGCCUCUUCGUGCAGAAGCUGGGGAACCUGCUGUCCCUGGAUAUCUCGGGCCACAUGGUCCUGGAGAACUGCAGCAUCUCCAAGAUGGAUGAGGAGGCAGGGCAGACCAGCAUCGAGCCUUCCAAGAGCAGCAUCAUGCCUUUCCGGGCAUUGAAGAGGCCACUGCAGUUCCUCGGGCUCUUCGAAACUUCCUUGUGCCGCCUCACGCACAUUCCAGCCUACAAAGUGAGCGGUGACAAGAACGAGGAGCAGGUGCUGAACGCCAUCGAGGCCUACACAGAGCACCGGCCCGAGAUCACGUCACGGGCCAUCAACCUGCUCUUCGACAUCGCACGCAUCGAGCGUUGCACCCAGCUCCUGCGGGCCCUGAAGCUGGUCAUCACGGCCCUCAAGUGCCACAAGUAUGACAAGAGCAUCCAGGUAACAGGCAGCGCCGCACUCUUCUACUUGACCAACUCCGAGUACCGUUCGGAACAGAGUGUCAGGCUGCGGCGGCAGGUCAUCCAGGUGGUGCUGAACGGCAUGGAGUCCUACCAGGAGGUGCAGCGCAACUGCUGCCUGACCCUAUGCAACUUUAGCAUCCCGGAGGAGCUGGAGUUCCAGUACCACCGGGUCAACGAGCUCCUGCUGGGCAUCCUCAACCCCAGCCGCCAGGACGAGUCCAUCCAGCGCAUCGCCGUGCACCUGUGCAACGCCUUGGUCUGCCAGGUGGACAACGACCACAAGGAGGCCGUGGGCAAGAUGGGUUUUGUGGUGACCAUGCUGAAGCUGAUCCAGAAGAAGCUGCUGGACAAGAUUUGUGACCAGGUGAUGGAGUUUUCCUGGAGCGCCCUAUGGAACAUCACAGACGAGACGCCGGACAACUGCGAGAUGUUCCUCAACUUCAACGGCAUGAAGCUCUUCCUGGACUGCCUGAAGGAAUUCCCAGACAAGCAGGAACUGCAUCGGAACAUGCUGGGCCUCCUGGGAAAUGUGGCCGAGGUGAAGGAGCUGCGGCCCCAGCUGAUGACCUCCCAGUUCAUUGGUGUCUUCAGCAACCUGCUGGAAAGCAAGGCCGACGGUAUUGAGGUCUCCUACAAUGCCUGCGGUGUCCUCUCCCACAUCAUGUUCGACGGGCCUGAGGCCUGGGGUGUCUGUGAGCCCCAGCGGGCGGAGGUGGAGGAGCGCAUGUGGGCAGCCAUCCAGAGCUGGGACAUCAACUCCCGGAGAAACAUCAAUUACAGGUCCUUCGAGCCAAUUCUCCGCCUCCUGCCCCAAGGUAUCUCGCCUGUCAGCCAGCACUGGGCCACCUGGGCCCUGUACAACCUCGUGUCCGUCUACCCGGACAAGUACUGCCCCCUGCUGAUCAAGGAGGGGGGCAUGCCGCUGCUGAGGGACACCAUCAAGAUGGCGACCGCGCGGCAGGAAACCAAGGAGAUGGCCCGCAAGGUGAUUGAGCACUGUAGUAACUUUAAAGAAGAAAACAUGGACACGUCCAGAUAGAUGCCUCCGUCGCUGUGGACCACGGCCUGGCCCAUGAGGGGACGCAGCUCCCGGGGCCUCUCCCGCAGGCCGAAGAUACGUGGGAAGGACUUUUGCACAACCGACGCUUUUCCUUAACAUUAGUGAGAUAUAUAUAUUAUAUAUAUAUAUAUAUAUAUUAUUUUUUUUGGUUAGGAAGUGUGAAGUUUUGUGUGUAUGAUUUCUGUAUGAAAACUAAGAGAAACCCCUGCCCGAGUCCUCGCAGCUUUUUGGUCAUUGUCACCUGACCGAGAGAGCCUUUGUUGCUGCCACCCUCACCCUGCCCUGGCAGGCCUGAGGCCCGUGACGGGGAGGGGGUCCCGGCCUUUCCUGUUGGCCACUCUCGGCCCCGGGCCAGACGGCGCAGCUGUUGGGGUUCAGAGAUCCAGGCCGGUCCCCCAGGCCCCUGGGGCUUGCCAGCGCUGUGGUGCUCCCAGCUGGUGGCCGUCUGGGGUCGGAGUGGAGUGUCCCCUGCCCCCCAGAGGCCCCUGGAGGAGCAGGACUCCCCGGUCAGGCCUGCCUGUGGCCACGCUGCUACGGAGGCUGCCUCUGAGCCUCCCCCCAGGCCCCAGGCUCCCACAAGGCCGCAGUCAAGGGUGAUUCCAUCUAGCGCCCCCCCCACUCCCGCCAAACACAUCCAGAAGCCGCCCACAGCUCCCGAAGGCUAGGGCCUUGCCCCCUCCUUCCAUUCUCUGCCCACCCGAGGUGCCCAGGCACCCCCACCAGCAGAACUGAGCCUGCCUCAUGCACCCCACCCACCCCACUGCCCAGAGGAGGCCCAGGCACCUCUUCAGGCGGGAGGCCCCCACCAGGCCCCCAGACCAGCACGUGGACUGCUACGGUGGCUGCCGGACCCUCCCGCCACCUUGGACAUUUCAGCACCUGUGUGCCCCUCCUUCCCGCACGUUUCUUAUUGGACACGGGUGGGGAGGCCUGGGGGAGAACCCCUGGAGCCCCCUCCCCAUGGCUAUGGCCAAGGCCAAGACCGAGGCUGAGGAGGGGCCCUCCCUUGUGCCCUGGGCUCACUUGGUCCGGCCAGAGCUCCACUUGCGUUGCUUUCCCGCCUGGGGCUGGACAGAUAUCUGUACCCAGUUGUCACAAAUACAUUUUUGUGCAAAGUGAGGAUGAA